CCCAGCCCUGCGCCCUGGGUCACUCCUGCUCCGCUCCGUAAGUACCGCCGCUUCCUUCCGUUUUUCCACAUGCCCAUCAACGAACCAACUCGGAUCUCCCCGACAAAAUUCCCUCCUGCUAGUACUGUCUCUCCACCCCAGGCACAACAAGACAAAGAACCACAGUGAGCCGAAACCCACAGCCUCCGCUGCUGGCCCUUGGGGGUGGCUCCCCGAUCCUGGCCUCCAGCACUCUAGUAAAUGGGCACCAGCUGCUGAUGAGCCCCUCGGUGGGGUUUCUCAGAUGCCAGACCCGCAGGCUGACUGAGGAGGUCCAUGGAGACUUGGCGGAAAGGUUCCUUCCGCAAUGCCUCCUUCUUCAAGAGAAUGACCCUGGGGCGGCCGCGGCGACUCCGGCGGCAGGGCAGCAUACUUAGCCAGGCCAGCAGUGCUGGUGGCGACCAUGAAGAGUACAGCAACCGAGAAGUCAUCCGGGAACUUCAAGGGAGGCCAGAUGGCCGGCGUCUGCCCCUAUGGGGGGAUGAGCAGCCCCGAGCCACCCUGCUGGCCCCACCCAAGCCCCCACGUCUCUACCGAGAGAGCUCCAGUUGCCCCAACAUUCUGGAGCCCCCAGCAGCCUACACGGCUGCCUACUCGGCCACCCUGCCCUCAGCAAUCUCCCUGACAGGCCCCCUGCACCAAUGCUCAGAGGAGGACCUUGUGGACACUCCCCAUUUCCGGAGGACACCUACUCCGGACCUCAACGACCCUUUCUUUUCCUUCAAAGUGGACCUGGGGAUUUCACUUCUGGAGGAAGUUCUGGAGAUGCUAAAGGAGCAGUUCCCUGGUGAGCCCCACUUCUGACUCGGGUGAGGGCAGAGAGAACUGGGGUGAUUGGAGCCUGGGGACGCAGGGAAGGAAGGCACAGUGUGGAUUAAGGAGCAGGUGGAGACACAAGCCACAGUUCAGCCUGCCCUCUGGCUGUUGACCAAUCCUUCAAGGCACCCCGAGUGAAGGGACAGAUGCCAGCUGGGAAUCUAUGGGGUCACUUUCUGGCAG